AUGACGGCAGUUCGCUACGGCACGAUGAUAAGCCAUCUCCACAACGCUCUCACUCUCUCGUCGCAGAGCAAGUCUUCUGUCUCGGUUUGGAUCAACGAUGAUAUCCGACCGCUGCCACCAUCUCGUCGCACUUGGUCAACCCUGACUUUUAUCGGCUGGUGGUCGGUUUGGCAGCUGAGUUUGACCAACUGGCAGCUGGGUGGCGCGUUGGUAGCCUCAUCUUUGUCUGUCUGGCAGACCAUGGUCGCUGUCAUCCUAGGCAGAAUCAUUGCGGCGAUUGUCGCGAUCCUAAUCGGUUACAUUGGAGCCGAAUGGCACAUAGGAUUUCCAGUUUACUCCAGGGUUAUAUGGGGGGUUUUUGGCGCUUUCCUUCCCACCUUACUUCGGAUCGGACUCUCCGUCGUUGGCUUCGCAUUUCAAUCCUAUAGCGGUGGACUAUGUGUGACUGCUAUCCUGGCCGCUAUCUUUCCUUCCUUCUAUCGGAUGGAGAAUACCCUCCCCAUAUCAUCCCAUGUCACGACCCAGCAAAUCAUCGGGUGGGCCAUAUUCAAUAUCAUUUCAAUUCCAGUGCUGUACCGACGACCGGAAAGAAGAAUCAUGAUCUGGUCCUUGUCCCGGGCCCACGGUGCUGGAGAUCUGAUUCACCAGCACUCACAGCUUCAUGGUAGUGCUGCCUUGGGAUUCGGAAUCAUGCAGGCAGUGACCACGGUGGUAGGGACUCUUUCAAUUGCCCUGACAAGUCAGAUGGACUUUUCCCGAUUUGCCCGAAAGCCCAGUGAUCAGGUCUUUGGGCAGUGGUUCACAUUCGUCAUCAUAGGCUCGAUUAUGCCUCUGUUUGGGUGUCUUACCAGCUCUGCUACCCAGGCCAUUUACGGACAAGCGCUUUGGAAUCCUCCUACCAUUCUCACCAUGUGGCUGGAGCGGGAUUAUAGCUCGACCUCUCGUGCUGCAGCAUUUUUCUCUGGGCUGGGGCUUGUCACCUCGCAACUUGCACUAAAUGUCGUGGAUAACGGCUAUUCUGUGGGAAUGGACCUCUCAGGGCUCCUCCCAAAAUACGUCAACAUCCGGCGAGGAUGCUUUGUUGGCCUGAUACUUGGCACCGUCCUUUGCCCCUGGGAGCUCCUCGCCUCCGCUACCACUUUUGUUGGCGUAAUUUCGUCCUUCUCCAUCUUUAUGGCACCAUUUUGUGGUAUUCACAUCAGCGAUUACUGGAUCAUUCGCGAUCGACGUCUCAAGCUAUCAGACCUAUACCACUCUCGGCCAGACGGUAUCUACUUUUAUACCAUGGGGAUGAACUGGCGCAGCGUGUUUCCGUGGCUGGUCGGAUGGGUACCCCUGCUGCCGGGAUUCCUGCACAGCAUUCGCCCUACUAUUCAAGUGCCGGUGGGCGCGGAUCGACUUUAUGCGCUUGGGUUCCCGUACGGCCUGUUGUCGUCGCUGAUCGUAAAUACCCUUGUCAACAAGCUUUUCCCGCCACGUGGACUUGGAGAAAUUGAUCAGGAGGAUGUAUUUGGGACUUUUACGGGAAGCGGCGGUGUUGAGGAUCAACAAAAUGCAAUGGAAAACAGUGAGAUGACGCUAGAGCAGAGUUCAAGCCUGGAACGCCAGGAGAUCGUGGGUAUGAAAGUGUAG